AUGGUCUCUGAAAGAGAUGAAACCGAUCAUGAAUUGGCUUUAGCAUCAAGUGAUGAUCAUAAUCAAGAAACUAAAGCUAAUACUAUUGAAAGAGACAUGAUGAUCAAUAUGGGUGAUUGGUUAAGCCUUGGAAUUAACAGAAGAGAAUUCUCCACCGCCGGUGAUGAUCAUCAUAGAUCAGCAUUCAGACCUCUCAAGAACAAACUGUUUUCUUGCAACUUCUGUCUUAGGAAGUUCUACAGCUCUCAGGCCUUGGGAGGUCACCAAAAUGCACACAAAAGAGAAAGAGGAACAGCUAAGAAGCAUUUAUAUCAGUCCAACAGGAUCAUCCCCAUGUCAACCACCACCGGUGGCCGCAGCGGCUUUGAUCACUUUGCAGCCUCCCCUUCCGGCCGGUCCCUUGGAGUCCAGCCCCACUCCAGCAAUAAUAUCACAGUACUAAUGAAGAAAUCCCCUCUUAGCAAACCAGGAUGGAAUGUUUCUUGCACUGAUGAAGAACAGGACAGAGUUGUCUGGCCAGGAAGCUUUUUUGUGGAAAGUUCUUCCAAAGAUGCUCAAGAAAUCUAUGACCCAUCUCAAAUCGAUCUAAAUCUCCGGCUUUAAAAGGCAAAUUAAUGUUAUUAUUCCUUUAGACAUGCAUUCUUGUUCUUUUUCCUCAAGGAAAAUGAGACUAGUUAUAGAUCAUGACAUGAUGAUUGAUGAUGAGACAAUAUUAUUUAUGUAUAUAUAUAUAGCUAGCUAUAAGAUAAUCCCCACUUCUGCAAUCUCAAUUACAACUGUUUUUUUCCAAGCAAUUAGAAGU